CUGAGAACGCCUGUUGUUUUUAGUACUACUGCUAUCUAAGAUAAAAGGGAAUCACUCUGAGCCUGCUUUCUGUGCAGGCUUCACAACUAGAUGUUACUUUGGAAUUACAGACUAUGAAAAAGACUCAACGGACUGAUAUGAAUUCAAUAUUCAGAAUUCUACAUGAUUGUUGAAAUCUUUUUAAAACGUGGAUUUUGAAUUAGGGUUUACAGUUUCUACAGCAGUUCGUAAAAAGGCUGGCGUUCUAGUCCUGAUUACAGAAAACAGGAAAAACGAGGAGCAGAGCUUUAUGAAGUCUCUGAUGUGAAAUUUCUGAGACAUAAUAAAUAUAACCAGAAAUAGCAGUGCUGCAUUAACUGAGUCAAUAUUUGUUGGAGAGUGCACCUUAUACAAGCGUGUGUUGUCCCCGUCUGACCUUUAGUAAUGUUGUACUGACAGUUAAGAGAAACAAUACAGAAGACUGUGUUUGUAUGGAAAAUCACAUUUUUGUUUUCAAGGCGCUCAUAAAGUUAUUGACCCUGUCAUUUAGUUGAAAAGUCAUUGACUAGUCCGGUACUGGAUUAUUGUGCUCUGAAUAAAAGUUCCAGACUAAUUCAUCAAAAAAAGUUAUAAGGGAUGUGGGAAAUCCGGAAAAGACGAUUGCUUGCUGUUUUUUCAACUCAAAUAAUAGUGGCAGUUGUGUGUUACGCCAAGAGGGCAAACGAACCGGGAAAUAUGUCAUUUGUAAAAGAAACGGUGGAUAAGCUCCUAAAAGGAUACGACAUUCGUUUAAGACCAGACUUUGGAGGUCCCCCGAUUGCUGUUGGGAUGAGUAUUGAGGUUGCCAGCAUUGACAUGGUAUCAGAAGUAAAUAUGGAUUAUACCUUAACAAUGUAUUUUCAACAAUGCUGGAGAGACAAGAGACUGGCUUACUCAGGAAUCCCUCUGAACUUAACUCUUGAUAAUCGAGUAGCUGAUCAACUCUGGGUUCCUGACACCUACUUUUUGAACGACAAGAAAUCUUUUGUCCAUGGAGUUACAGUGAAGAAUCGCAUGAUCCGUCUUCAUCCCGAUGGAACAGUAUUGUAUGGUUUAAGAAUUACUACAACAGCAGCUUGUAUGAUGGACUUGCGGAGAUACCCACUGGAUGAACAGAACUGUACACUUGAAAUAGAAAGCUAUGGCUACACGACAGAUGAUAUUGAGUUCUACUGGAGAGGUGGAGCUAAAGCAAUUAGUGGAGUUGAAAGAAUUGAGUUGCCACAGUUUUCCAUAGUUGACCACCGACUGGUAUCAAGGAAUGUUGUAUUUGCUACAGGUGCCUACCCAAGACUUUCCCUAAGCUUCAAGUUGAAGAGAAACAUCGGCUACUUUAUCCUUCAGACCUACAUGCCCUCCAUACUGAUUACGAUUCUAUCUUGGGUCUCCUUUUGGAUAAGUUACGAUGCUUCUGCAGCACGAGUGGCACUUGGAAUCACUACUGUACUGACCAUGACAACAAUCAAUACUCAUCUCCGAGAAACGCUCCCUAAAAUCCCAUAUGUAAAGGCCAUUGACCUGUACCUCAUGGGCUGUUUUGUUUUUGUCUUCUUGGCUUUGCUGGAGUAUGCCUUUGUUAACUAUGUAUUUUUUGGUCGGGGCCCACAAAUGCAAAAAAAACAAGCAGAAAAAGCAACAAAGGCUAACAAUGAAUUGCACAGAUAUGAAGGCAGUAAGGUUGAUACUCCUGGAAACAUCCUUCUUGCAACUCUUGAAAUCCACAAUGAAGUGUCAGGCAGCGAAGUCACAACAAGUGUUGCAGAUGUUCAAGACCAAGCUAUGCCAGCUGAGACCUCAGGAAUACAAAACAGAAAACAUAGCAUGACUCGGGAGGCUCUAAGCCAACAGUCAAUGGAACGGUAUAGUUCGUAUGGCAAAAAACGUCUAAGGAGAAGGUCUUCCCAGAUAAAAAUCAAAAUUCCUGAUCUAACUGAUGUAAAUGCCAUAGACAGAUGGUCAAGAAUAACAUUUCCCAUAGCAUUUUCUCUCUUCAACUUAAUUUAUUGGCUAUACUAUGUAAACUGAACAAAGCAGCUUCUAAGUUAAAGAAAAAUCCUCUGUUUGGAAGAUGUUUCAUAGUGACAGUCUUAAGACUAUAUAUGAUCUAACAUCAUUUAGAUACUAAUAGAAACAGAGUGGAUUUUCUUUAAUGACUGAAAACUAUGAAGAAUGGACAUUGUCAGGAGGAAUGCAAUACUCUGCAAAGAUUUUCUUUUAUAUCAUACUGCAAAUACAGAGGGAAUUAGUCGUAUUCUGUUUGCAGCAGAACAUUUGCAGGAUAUGUUCAAAUGAUUCCAAAAAGGCUCCUACCAAGUAAUAUUAAAGCAAGCUUUCAGUAACAAAACCAUUUAUUUUUGUUGUUUUUUUUGUAAUCACUCAGUAUCUGGCUUGUUGGCAAUGUGUUUUACAAUGUAUGUUUUGGUUUGUAAAAAGUUAAAUAAUGCUCAGUCACUUUUGCCAAAAGUUCAUAUUGGUAAACAUUAUUCCAAUGUCACUUGAUAUAAUUUGCAACCAGAAAAGUGAUAGGGUUUACUUAAACUUAAGAAACAAUUCCUGCCUCACAGAUACCACAUGUUUUGACAUUCAGUGAAGCAUAGAUUACAUAAAAGGACAACUUCUUCUCUGUAUUGUCACUGUAAAAGGCUUGUCAGUGUACAAAUAUUUGUUUAGAACAAUGUUUUUGACUGUGUUUAGCUUUCAUGGGGACUCGCAGCUUAUUUCUGAAGAGGCUUAAACAAGAAUUACUUAAAAUGUUGCUUCUAGAAGGGUACCUCCUAAAUAAUGACUGACAAUCAUAUCUCAAAAUACAGAUCAAUGAAGAUGGACUAGAUUACUGAGACAUAUUUUGAUUAUUUAAUUUACAUAUUUAAGAUAUUUUACUUCAGGAGUAUAGAACACCAUGUUUUUUUUUUUUUUUGCGUGUUUGUUUGUUUGUUUUUGUUAUACCAAAGCCCAAGCUUUUUUUUGUUUUACAGAAGAAUCUUAAAAUCUUUUGCAUGGCUUGAUGGAGGAUCAGUGUAACACCACUCUAAAAAUCAGUUGUCUGGACAUAUCACUGCUGAUUUAAAUAUUUGUCCUGAAUGGGCAAUCUGUAAAUGGAAAAUGUCAUUUUAUACUAAGUAACUCGAGUUUACAAUGAAAUCAACUUCUGCAAUGCAGAAGCUAACAUUCCAUGAAGUGUGCAUUCAUUCCAGAUGUAACAUACUUUGUUUGUUGUCUGAUGCAUAUUCUUAAGCAGAAAAAAAAAACAAUUAAUAUCGCUUAUCCUUGCCAUCUUAUGUUAGCUUAAAGUCUUUAUUUUACAAACUUUCAAGUACUUCUGUUAAAUCUCUGAUAUUAUAUGCUCAUUUGCUGUGCACUGUGUUUAUUCUGAUAUGUUACUACACAUUUGUGUGCGUGAUACGUGUGUGUGUGUGUGUGUGUGUGUGUGUGUGUGUGUGUGUGUGUGUGUGUG